CAUGUGUCUCUACAUUUGUUGUUGGAUGUCUCAAUAUUGUUAUUAAGUUCAAUAAAUCAAUGAAAACAGCGAGGAAUUUAAAUUCGAUGACUAUUCUACCUACCUUGCACUAACCAUAGGUGGAGGAUCUCUAUUCAUACUUUCCUUUUUGCUUGGAUUAUUCAGAACCUGCAAAGAGAACACAGGAGUAUUUUGGGCAUAACUAUGUUGUCUUGUUUUUGGUUAAACUCUCAUUACUAUUGGUAUGGGUUUCGGUUAGUCUUCAGAUGAUGUGUAUGGAAAAAUUGAUUUUACUUUUAAUUACCCUGUGGCCGAAUUUGUUGCAAUAUGUGGAAUCUUCGUACAAGCAUUGCAAAACUGUUAUGAACAUAGUUUGAGUCCGGAAUCUAAUUGAUUUAUCAUAUUUAUUCAAUAUUUAUUCAUAUUUCAAAGA